ACUUUGUAUGCCGGUGAUUUCAAUGGCUUUACUGAUCUUCCUGAUCACCCUCCAAUUGCCUUAACAGGUUUAGCACUGGAACUAUUUUCGAAAGCUGUACCAAAUUAUGGACUGGAUAUUUUGGAUAUGGACUAUGUUUCAACUGCAACUAAGGCUGCCCAUAUUUCUCCCUGUGCCAUGAUUUUAGCAUUGAUAUACUUAGAUAGACUGCAGAGAAAUAAUAGUGAAUAUUUAGAAACAGUAUCACCUUCAGGUCUUUUUGUCGUUACAAUGCUGGUUGCUUCCAAAUUUCUUUUUGAAAAUGAUGAGGAUAUUGUGACAAAUCAAAUGUGGGCUGAAGCUCUUAAUUUUGAUAUUAAAGACUUAAAUGAACUGGAAUAUGAAUUUUUGUCAGCAAUCGACUGGAAAGUGUUUGUGGAUUAUUCGGAAUAUUUCUUCUACUUAUGCAGCAUGAAAAACAAUAAUGAAUAG